GGGAUGCGCAGUCGUAUCAGUGCAGAGGCUUAUCCACGACGUGGUCUGUCGAGCGGUCGAGUCGCGAUCAUUUGAUCUCGCGAUCGACGCGACCGAACAGUACGAAGAAUCGAUCGACAUCGGUAGCUGAUUUUUCACAGAAUAAGUCUCGUUUACCGAUUCCAACGGUACACGAGCAACGCAAGUUAAUUCGUUGGGCGUUCUACCGAUUUUCGCAGUGUCCAGUGGUGUUGAACAGUGUUAUCGACUGACGUUCCCAGCAACAGUUGCACGCGCUGUCAAUCCUGCCGUAUGAUAGUGUUCGAUCGCGCCCACCGUUCUAUUUGUGUUCUACCAAAAUUGAGGAAAGAGGACCGUACAUUUAACUAUAGCACGAAAUGUUUAGUUGGUUAAGCCGGGAAGACAGCAGCAGGCAAGAACUCUUCGAAAAUGUUACGGAAGGGCUUAAAAAGAUAUAUAAAUCGAAAUUGCUGCCCCUGGAGCAGCAAUAUCAAUUCCAUGAUUUUCAUUCCCCUCAACUCAACGACCCAGACUUCGAUGCCAAACCUAUGAUCCUUCUGGUGGGUCAAUAUUCUACUGGCAAAACUACCUUCAUCAAGUAUUUGCUCGAACGAGACUUUCCUGGAAUAAGAAUCGGCCCUGAACCAACAACAGAUCGCUUCAUUGCAGUUAUGUACGACGAGAAAGAGGGCGUGAUCCCUGGGAACGCUUUAGUCGUCGAUCCUAAUAAACAAUUUCGUCCGCUUUCCAAGUUUGGUAAUGCAUUUCUUAAUAGAUUUCAAUGUUCUAUGGUAGCAUCACCUGUUUUGAAAGGAAUAUCCAUAGUCGAUACACCUGGUAUAUUAUCCGGUGAAAAACAAAGGGUUGACAGAGGCUACGACUUUACCGGAGUACUAGAAUGGUUCGCAGAAAGAGUUGACAGAAUCAUACUGUUGUUUGAUGCGCACAAGCUUGAUAUUUCCGACGAAUUUAGAAGAUCCAUCGAAGCGUUACGUGGCCACGACGAUAAAAUUAGAAUAGUUUUAAACAAAGCAGACAUGAUCGAUCAUCAACAACUUAUGAGGGUGUAUGGAGCGUUGAUGUGGUCUUUAGGAAAGGUUCUUCAAACUCCUGAAGUAGCUAGAGUAUACAUUGGAUCAUUCUGGGAUCAGCCCUUAAGAUACGAUGUAAAUAAGAGAUUAUUCGAAGACGAGGAGCAAGAUUUGUUCAAGGACAUGCAAUCGUUGCCGAGAAACGCAGCACUUAGAAAACUUAACGAUUUGAUUAAACGCGCGCGAUUAGCAAAGGUACAUGCAUAUAUUAUCAGCGCUCUGAAAAAAGAUAUGCCUAAUAUGUUUGGCAAAGAUACAAGAAAAAAGGAGCUUAUAAAGAAAUUGGGUCAGAUUUAUGAUCAAAUACAAAGAGAACAACAGAUUUCGCCCGGCGAUUUUCCAGAUUUGAAAAAAAUGCAAGAGAGCUUGGCGCAUCAUGAUUUUAAUAAAUUCUGCGCCCUGAAGCCCAAAUUGUUAGAAGUAGUGGAUAAAAUGCUCGCCGAAGAUAUCGCGAAACUCAUGGCCAUGAUACCGCACGAAGAAGUCUGUACAAUGUCGGAUUCGCUCGUCAAAGGUGGUGCGUUUGAAGGCGUGAAAGAUCAAGUAAGCCCAUUUGGAUAUAAGCGAGGAGAAGGUAUCGAUGCUGGAGCAGGCGAACCAGAAUGGAUUGUUAAUAAAGAGAGGGACAAAUAUGACAGUAUCUUCGGAACGCUCGACCCGUGCGAUGGAAAAAUUACAGGAGCAGCUGCAAAAUCAGAAAUGGUGAAAUCCAAAUUACCGAACAGUGUGCUUGGGAAAAUUUGGAAAUUAUCCGACAUCGACCACGAUGGACUUUUGGAUUCCGACGAAUUUGCCUUAGCGAUGCAUUUAAUUAAUGUAAAACUAGGAGGUUACGACCUUCCCGCGGAAUUACCGGAUCACUUGAUACCGCCAUCGAAGCGAAACGAAUAAUUUGCCGAUUUUUAUUUCUAUAUUAUUCAUUUGUUAUAAGUGUCAACUCGCCGAUACGUUUGGUAUAUAUUUAUUGCACGCAUUAUGUGACUGUACUUAUUAAUUCGAUAACAAGACAGUCCGAACACAUCGACAAACGUUGUCACUUUUCAAACGUUCGACAUAAUACAUGAUAUUCUCGGAUAUUACGUCACCAAAUUACUUUGCGUUGCUUUUAGACCUCUCUUCGUCUAGUAAUACCAAAAACAACGAGAAGAAAAAGAAAUAGCGUUUGGUCUUUGAUUUAUUCUUUACGUGGCUUUUCAAACGUUUUCAAGGUAUUAUAUCGCAUAGCCUUUCGAAAUAGAUUUCUCGUAUCAAAAAAAAAAAUACAUUUGGAUUUUUCUUUCAAACGGUAUCAAACUAUAUCAUUCUAUAUCUCUUAUGCUGGGUAAUCCACUCGAGAAUUUUAUUCUCGCAAGUCGCUAUCGAGAGGCAACUCUUUCACACAGGCACACGAUUAUAGUCGGUGCUUGCGUAAACGGCUCUUGUGCGCCGAUGUGAAAAAACCCUUAAGUCCAGCGUUACGUUCCGCUAAUGGAUACGUAACAUUAUUCUUAUCACAAUAGCCAAUACCGAAUAAGCAUUCAACCGAUAACAGAAAGAUACAUCUCGAAUGCUAUACGAAUCAUAUUUAGGAUAUGUUACGUACACAGACUGGUGUGUUCGAACGAAAAUUUUUUGAACCAACUUGUACAAAAAAAGAAAACUCCGUUUCUCAUUAAUUCGUAGCUACAGCUAAAGAAAGAAAAUUAUAGCGAUAAAUAUGUGGGAUGGUAUACAUAAGUAUAAUGUACUCGGUUGAUUUGAUUGUGAUUGUUGUUAAUUGUUAUUAUUUUCAUUAUUAGUAAUGUUAUUAUUAAUGCUAUCUUCGGGCUAUGAUCGACGUUUUAAUCUUAAAAUAAUACGUGCAAAAUUUAAUGUAACGUUAAAGAAAAGUUUCCGCUAGGUGACACACUUUGAAAUUGCGAACAGAGUAUGACCCAAUUGCAUAUUAAUCGAAUACAACAAUUACUUCUCCGCGUCGAUUGUCUUCGUUAUUAAUGCCUGUGUUGAUAAUAGCAAUCUCCAUGAG